CCUCCCUCCGCCUCAUAUCACCACCCAACCGGCGGCCACCACCAUUGCCAGCCACAACGGGACAGAUCCCCGCAUAAAUUCCUCCACCCGUCGCGCCGCCCCCAUUCGCCCACGCGCGCGCGCCCGCGGCCGCCUCCUCCUCCCCCCUAUUCGCUCCCUCCCUCCCUCCGCCGGCCGGGGAUUCGGGCUUGGGGCGAGAUGGGGUACGUCGGGAGCCACGGCGUGGCGACGCUGCGCAAGUACAAGUACAGCGGCGUCGACCACUCCAUCGUCGCCAAGUACAUCCUCCAGCCCUUCUGGUCGCGAUUCGUCAACGUCUUCCCGCUCUGGUUCCCACCCAACAUGAUCACGCUGACAGGUUUCAUGUUUCUGCUGACAUCGGCAUUGCUUGGCUUUUUGUAUUCACCUCAUCUUGAUACAGCGCCCCCUAGAUGGGUUCAUCUUGCGCACGGAAUCCUUCUCUUCCUUUACCAGACUUUUGAUGCUGUGGAUGGUAAACAAGCAAGACGUACCAACUCAUCAAGUCCUUUAGGCGAACUUUUUGAUCACGGAUGUGACGCGCUUGCAUGUGCUUUUGAGUCCCUGGCUUUUGGGAGCACAGCUAUGUGUGGAAAUGCUACCUUCUGGUUUUGGGUCAUUUCAGCUGUCCCCUUCUACUUCGCAACCUGGGAACACUAUUUUACAAAUACACUUGUUCUUCCUAUAGUCAAUGGGCCGACUGAAGGCCUUAUGCUGAUCUAUGUGUGCCAUAUCGUCACCUUUUUCACAGGAGCUGAAUGGUGGGCACAGGAUUUCCGAAAAUCAGUGCCCCUCCUUAAUUGGGUGCCUCUUGUUCCUGAAAUCUCGCUCUAUGGCAUUGUGCUGUUUCUAAUGAUUGCUUUUGCUGUAAUUCCGACAAUUGGAUCUAACACUCACAAUGUUUACAAAGUCGUCGAAGCAAGAAAAGGAAGUAUGGUGCUGGCACUAGCAAUGCUCUUCCCUUUCGUUCUACUCAUGGCUGGAACUCUCGUGUGGUCCUAUCUAUCUCCUUCAGAUAUAAUGAGAAAUCAACCACAUCUGCUAAUUAUUGGAACUGGUUUUGCGUUUGGCUAUCUUGUGGGAAGAAUGAUUCUGGCUCACUUAUGUGAUGAACCCAAAGGUCUGAAGACAGGAAUGUGCAUGGCCCUGGCAUAUUUCCCGUUUGCAAUUGCAAAUGCGCUGACUGCCCGACUUGAUGAUGGAAACCCCCUUUUUGAUGAGCAGCUCGUUCUCCUGAUAUACUGCUUAUUUACAGUGGCGCUGUACAUGCAUUUUGCUACGUCUGUUAUCCAUGAAAUCACCAACGCACUUGGGAUUCAUUGCUUCAGAAUCACAAGGAAAAAGGCGUAACUCUGACUUAGUUGGUAAUCAACAUGGUAUCUACCAAAGAAGCAAACAUGCCUGCUUGUCUUCAUUAUAGGGGUGAUGUACGAAUCAUAUUUGCAUCUGUCAUUACAGGGACAUUCUCCCCUGAAAUUUACAUCAGCACUAAAAUUUGUGCUGAUGAGAAAACAAUGUAUGUGAAAUAGUUGGCAAAAUUUUGUUGUAUUGUUCAUAGAGCAAAUGCUCAGCAAAAACUUUCUGGGGGAAAUGCUGUGCUGAUUGGCAGAAGUUGCCUUUGUAACUUGUCACAUUGUAACAUCAGCAGAGAUGCGGAUAGUGUUGUUUAUGCAUUUUAUUCGUCUCUUUUUCC